AUGGAUUUUUUUAAUGUUAUUAUAAUGCUUAUGGCCGAAUUUACAUUUCAUCAGGCGCAACAACAUUCUCUAAAUAAUCAUCAUUCAGGCUUUGAAGCCUUUUCUAAUGAUGAGCACUCUGGCGUACCUAUUACAAGCGAUUAUCCUCAGAUGAAAGAGAAAGAAGUGGAGGAAGAAGAGGAAGAAGAGGAGGAGGAGGAGGAGGAUAGGAAGGAGAGGGAGGAGGAAGGGGAGGAGGAGGAGGAGGAGGCGGAGGAUAAUACUUAA